CUUGAUGGUACGACCCAUGUGUGUCCUAGAAUUGCUGGCAAAACAGUACUCAUUAGCCAUAUGAUCGAUAGGUCAAAAUAUGGUUGAAUGGAUAACUAAGUUAUCAUAAAUCGCUAGCUAGCUAAAGUCAUGUCAUUUGGGUUUCACCUACGUGUCGGCGAUGAACUGAUACUCAUUUAACGUUAGCUUGCAAAGUAAUGUUGACGUUUUCCCGCUAGAUGUGCGCUAGCACUAGCUACCUAGGUAAAGGAAAGUUUCUAUCCUCACUGUUACUACUUUGUUAUUCUGUGCCUCGAAGCCCUUGGCGAGAUGAACGCCCGAGCGGCCGACGUGAACGGCAUAACGCCGUUCCAACAGAUGUUUUCUUCUUGCUCUGGCGCUAUCAUCACGUCACUUUUUGUCACACCAUUGGAUGUUGUGAAGAUAAGACUUCAGGCUCAGAAAAGUCCGUUUUCCAAAGGAAAAUGCUUCGUGUAUUGCAAUGGACUCAUGGAUCACAUCUGUGUCUGUGAAAAUGGAAACGCCAAGGCAUGGUAUAAAGCCCCUGGGCGUUUCACUGGCACUCUGGAUGCCUUCUUUUCUAUUGUUAGGAGGGAAGGAAUCAAGUCACUGUGGAGUGGACUUCCUCCAACACUAGUCAUGGCUGUACCAGCAACUGUCAUCUACUUCACCUGCUAUGAUCAGUUGUGUGCAUUACUGAGGACCAGGAUGGACAGACACCGUGAGCUGGCUCCGUUGCUAGCAGGCGCUACAGCCAGAGUGGGCUCAACCACAGUGAUCAGCCCUCUGGAGUUGAUCCGGACUAAGAUGCAGUCCCAGAAGCUGUCCUACAGGGAGCUGAGAGUCUGCGUCAACACCGCUGUCCAGAGCGAGGGCUGGCUCUCCCUCUGGAGGGGCUGGGGCCCCACACUGCUCCGAGACGUGCCAUUCUCAGCCAUGUACUGGUAUAACUAUGAGCAAGGGAAGCACUGGCUUUGCCAGCACUACCAGACCACGGAGCCCACCUUCACCAUCACCUUCCUCUCUGGGGCAGUAUCUGGAUCGAUUGCCGCUGUCGCCACCCUGCCCUUUGACGUGGUGAAAACAAGGAGACAAAUUGAGCUUGGAGAGCUUCAGGCAUUGAACGUCAGCACACAGGCGUCGUUUUCCACUCUGAAUGUCAUGAGGAGAAUCGUGGCGGAGCACGGUCCAUCAGGACUGUUUACAGGGUUCCUGCCCAGGUUGAUGAAAGUGGCCCCAGCUUGCGCUAUCAUGAUCAGCUCGUAUGAGUUUAUGAAGGCCUUCUUCCGCAAAUACAAUCAAGACCGAGCCUGGCCAACAGUCCGGUCCAGCACCGAGCCCUAGGUCUGGUAGUCACAGGUCUCAAAGCACAGGCUCCUGUGGGGGGACCUGGCACACUAAAGUGAAUUGGUUCCAUUGGUGCCAAAAACCUGAAGGGGUAAGUUGUGUUCUGCCAGCACUUAGCACAGCAACCAAAGGAAGAUAAGAGCAGUUUUAUACAGACAACCUCAGCCUUGGACAGCAGAUGAAGUCUUGCCAGUCUGCUUACAUAUUUGUGUGUGUGUGUGUGUGUGUGUGUGUGCGUGCAUACAUACAUGUAUAUAUCUGGAUGGAUGGUAGUAUUAAGACUAACAGCAUGUGCUGCAGCCCUCCUUCCAGGGGCCUGUAGUGAAAUGCAUUUGAGCAGUUUUUUUAGCUCCAUUUUGUGCCAAUCCGGUGCCAGACGUAUAGUGGAAAAGGGGUAGUAUGAGCACAUAAUGACUCAAAGUUUAACGCAAGUAUUAUGGAACUUUGAGGCCGAAGCAUUUAAGCAUUGCAUAUUUUAAUGUAAAUAAGUAUCUUUGUUUGGUGUUAAAUACGGAAUACUAUUAGUAGUAAUACUAUUAGAAAAGUUGAUAUGUUUCAAAAAGCAUGUGACAAAAUUAUGGAGUCCCACAAUGAAAAUAAUUUAUUGUAGUUGGUAGCACCAUUGUGUCUCAUUAAAUAAUUAAUGUUUUCAUCAGAUGUUACUCCAGAUGGUGAAAAAAUAUGUUGCGGUUUUUUACUGUGAAACAAAAAAACAAAACAAAAAACAGAUUAUCCUUUAUUGCUGUAAGCACUGUGUUCAUUUGUAGUCUUGAUAACAUUCCCCAGUGGCUGUUCCCAUAUCUUUAUAGUCACUUAAUUAGGAAUGUUUAGGAGGCCGCUGUGUAUUCUUAGGUUCUUAGGUUAGGUUAUUUCAGUUUUAUAUUGUUGACAUUUCAAGAAUUAUGUAUUGUCAGAAUAUCUGAGCUCUAUUCAAGUCAAAGUGUUUAUGUUAGAGUGUAUUUGCAUAUGUUCUAUGUCAGAAGGCUAUUCUUAAUAUAUUGAAAAUAAAAUGCUAGAUUUGGUAUUGGCGUCUAAGGUCGCAUGAAAGUGCAUUCGUAAUUAUAUUUGGGGCGAUAGUCAAAUUGUGAGAAAGCAAUGGUAAUGGUAAGAUCUUACCAAGACUACUUCAACUUGCUCGAUCUGCAAGGGUGGGCUGCAUAUUGUCAUCAAGCUUUGAUUUUGUGUUUUUUUUUUUGUUUUUUUUGUUUAAUAGGUCAUUAAACCAAACCAAAGAGUGCUAAUGAGACUUCUUGAGAAGGAAUUUAAGUAGAUACAGUCCUGUAAAUACUGUAAUAUUAGGUUAAUUAUUUUCUCUAAUAAUUUAAUUAAAAAAAAACAAUCUCAGGUUUUGUAUGUUUUUUCUGAAAUACAUGUACUGUGCCAAAUGUU